AUGCAUUACCAGCGAUCUUUACUUGAGGUGGGUUCAUCUUUUGAAUUAGAGCAUGCGCAGCGGAUCGCUCUCUUGUUUCUCAAACAAAAAGGAGGCCAAGGACAAUUAAGCUCCUGGGCACGUAUGUUUUCGUUUGAAGAUGUUCCCACUUGCGCAUUAAUGUUAAAGGCACUUGUUAGUCAUAAUUUAUGGCGUUCCGCAAUUAACCUGUGGUUAUGGAAUCCAAACGACGCAGUUGGGGAGGCACUGCUUGAUGAAUUGGCGUUCAAUAACCUGUGGGAACAGUCAAUGGAGGUACUUCAUCAGCUUAUUGUGAAGGAAGGUAUUUAUCGGGAUUCCAUAAAAAUGAAAACGAAGGAUAUUGGGGAAGCAAAGGACAUCAAUGGUGAUGUGGCUUUAGCAUUAAAUGAUGCGUUCAGGCUGGCAAAUGAUCCGACAUUUAUUCCUGCUGAAGAAAAAAAAUCUCGUGGUGCCAUACCUCAUCUUGUAAACAAAAUAUUUCCGUUGAAGUCUCAGUGGCAACAAGCUGUUUCCGUUUUAGUGCGACUUAGUGAACGUGACAUAUCUCUGCAGACGCGAAGGGAACUUUUGGAUAUUGCUGCUGCUCGUGCAGUUUAUCAAGGUGAAAAAAUAGCUGACACAUAUUCUUGGAUUAGAGAAACUGAGUAUGUUUGGCGCUCAAAAUCACUACAACGAACUUUUUUCCGUUGUGCCCUUGCUCUAGAACGUUAUGAGGAGGCUAUCUCUAUCUUGGAGGAUCUGAGUAAACAAGGAAUAGAAGGUGUCCCGUCAGCUAGUCUCCAGCAUUUUUGUAAAUGUUUUGUUCGGGAGUAUAAUCAGGGAAAAUGCGUGGAGCUGUUAGAUCGCUUUGCCGCGGUGGUGUUAAGAUGCUCAUCACGUAUAUAUUCUGAAAAAACAAGAGGUGAAUUAAGAAAUUUUUUUCGGAGUAAUGCCGUUGACACGACUGCAUUAGAUGUUGUGGACCUGCUAGAACGUACAAGAGGAUCAACUUUUGUUUUUGGUGAUAGGUCGGUCUCGGAAGAUAUUCCGGCAAGUGCAACUGAUAUUGAUAAUGCUGCGAGUUCCUUGCUUCAUAAAGGGCAUUGGAAAGCCUCACUGGAACUCCUUAAGAGGCUUGUGGAGGCCAAACCGCUUAACAAGAAAGAGGAAAUCCUCAUUGAGGCGGCUCGAGCGUCGUUGAACAGCUGGAAAACAGCUAUCCUUUUUAUCGCGUAA